CUCCUCACGCUGCAGGCUGGGAGGUGCUCCUCACCUGAGCAGAGUGUGCUCCUGCAAUCCGCUCAUGUUCCCAGGGCCCAGACAAGGUGAGCGGUGCAGAUGUGUGAGAGCAUCUUCUUAAGCCUCUCUUUCCGUUACCCGUCAUCCCCAGCAGUGAAGGAAGAUGCUGCUAUUUCUAAGCCUGACCUUCUGUCACGAAUUGAACAAGGAGAGGAUCCUAAUGCUGAGGAUCAGGGUGACUCUGAGGGAGAAACCCCUACAGAUCCCAGCACUGAAUUUUCCUUUCCUGGUCCAGAUGAGAGCUCGUGGAAUAAAUACGAAGAGACUCUGGCUGAAAGUCAUGAGGGCUCUGAAGAAGAGGAUAACGCAGAGGUUGCUAGUACAUAUGCACAGCAGUGUGAUGAGGAAGGUCCAGAGAACCUUGAGCUUCCUAGCUCAUUAGCAGGAAAAUGGGAAGAUGUUUUCCCAAACACUGAGGAAGAGAUAAAGCCAACCAACAAGAGUCGAAGUGGAUCCACCCCACAGCAGAGAAACGCAACGGGCAAUGGGCUGAGGCGAUCUGCUCGCCGUGGGAAAGACUUGGCAAAGAAGGACACUCCUGAGGAUGCAGCUGCAGUAGAAGGGCCAUACAUCUGCUGUGAAUGUGGGGAGAGCUUCCUGGACAAGCAGCUCUUUGCCACACACCAGAAAGCCCACGCAGGUGAGGAAGCCUGCACUUCCCUGGAGCAAGGAGAAAGCUUCAGACAGAAAUCCAAAACAGCUCCUCCACGAGCCCAUGGGCCGUCCCGCUCCAAACCGUCCAAGCGUCCCGAUUCAGAGAAGAGCUCUGGUCUCAAGUACGGCUUUGUCAGGCACCAGGCUAACAACAUGGUGGAGAGGCCGUACACCUGCUCCCAGUGCAAGGAGAGCUUCAGCCUGGAAGUGAGUCUUAUCUUGCACCAGAAGCUUCAUACAGGGAAGGGCGACGGGCCGCUGACAUGUACCUACUGCGGGAAGGACUUCCGGGACCUCUCCAAAGCCAUCCGCCAUCAGCGCAUCCACACAGGGGAGAGGCCUUAUCAGUGUACAGAGUGUGGGAAGAGCUUCAUCCGGAGGGAUCAUCUGCUCAAGCACUGGCGAGUCCAUACCGGGGAGACUCCAUACCAGUGUCCUGUGUGCGGGAAGCACUUCCGCUACAAAGAGUCGCUGAAUUGUCACCAGAAAAUCCACUCGCGCAACCCCCGGCCCAUGGACGACUCGCAGCCCAACAUGGAGUCAGCAACUCAAACUGGCCAUUUCUGUGUGAAAAAAGAAACUAAGCAGUAAAGCUGCUGUGGGUGGCAAGGGCAGAAGGGCUCGCAGUUACGAUACAGUCUAGCAGGUGGACAAGCAGCAUGAUGGGAAGUGAACUUGUAUCGCAGCUAAUCCGUGUGGUUGUGCUACAAAGCCCGCUUUGUUGAAGCAUCAAAGGAAUUCCUCUUAAAAACUCUCGUGAGAAGGCCUAGGCACCUCGUCAACCCUACGGGGUUACAUGGGACUUCCGUAGUGGCGUAGGCCUUGUAUUAGUUGCCCCCUACGCAGGUUUGGAUUUUGCCUGUAGAGAAUAAUCCUGAGAGAUUCUCUGGGGCCCUUAUUUAGCAGGUGUUUCCCCACCUAUCUUUGUGCAUAUUGAGGAGUGACAUGCUUUCGCUUUCGUUCUUUUCCACUCGUUUCACUGCAAGGCUGGAAGCAUGAGGAAGGGAGGGACGACACCAUCCCCAGGCAACUGGCCGCUCACUCCAGUUGCGUUGACGCACCUCGAGCAGCAGCCCUGUGCCAUGAGGCCGAGGCUGGGAUCAAGGGGAGAGAAAGGAAGCAGAGAUGCGGUUAGGGACCUGGCGCAGAAUUUGUGCAAGGCAGAAAAGCAAAGAGGAGAGAGUGGCAAAGAGCAACGUGAGAAAAUGUAGGUGUAAGGAAUGGAUGGGAAGGACAAGGGGCUAUUGACGUUGGAGCAGAGACUGGAGCAGGAGGAAUCGGGAGGGAAAGUACAUCCGUGUGUAGAGGCACAACCAAGUACCUAAACCGAAGAAGAGAUGUCUCUGUUCUUGAAGGAUGUAACUGGCACCAGUCAGGCUUUAGUUUCCCUCUGGCCCAAGGGAAAGGUGCCGCUGGUCUGUCAUACGAACUCCUGUCAAUGAAGGCGAUUUUAUUUUUUUUUAACUGGGUUUGGUCUCACACUCAGGUAAGUCAGACAAGUGAAAGCAACUUCUCCUAACCCCUGUAAAGAGCUGUUUGGUUUUUUAGUUAAUCUAGAACUAGUGUAUUAUUAUUAUUAUUAUACAAUGAAAUGUGUGGCACUAGAUUUCACAGUUGAUCUAAAACACUUAAAUGUAUGAGGUAACUGACCAGAGGUUUUUCAGAUGUCUAUGUAAAUAUUGGUUGAAUUCUCUAAGAGCUAAGUGGUAUUGUUCCUGAGGUGACUGUAAGUAGGUGUCUCUUCCGCUGUGUAUUGUCAGCUGCUGGUUUGUGAUCGUGUUUUGUAAUAACUUUUGUAAAGUCUGUCAAUACAGUGUUUCCAUUCGGAAGCCCAUGUGGGGUGAGUGAUCACAGCCCUAGUUCCCCUUGCUUGGCCUCAGUAUUUCAUCCUCGCUCUCCCUUCUGGAGUGAUGACUUCAGCACACUGGCGUGCACCUGGCUGUUAUUUAUUAGCGUUUUCCAGGUAACUUGUUGAACUGAUGAACUGCACAAGCUAAGCUGGGUCUGCUCAAGUCUGUUGUUGUCUGUGCCAAGCAUCUGAGGAAUCAAGUCCUGGAAACGCAGCUGUUUGGAGCAGCUCUGGGGCAGCUGUGUGUGCUGACGGUUGGUGUUCAGCAUUUGGGAUUCCUGUUUUUAAGCUUUUUCUCUGCUGCCGUUAUGGCUAGAAGCAGGCUCUGGUUGUACGCCUCCAGGAGCUGGCCUGGGCCACGCAAGCGCUGCCGCAGCGAGGGCUGAGGAGUCGUCUGCUGCCGCCGGACUCUGCUCUGCAGCUGGGACAGUCCCUUGCCCUGAGAAGUGCUUGUGUGUGGCUGCAGCAGCCGCCCCGAGUAUCGCAGGCGCAAGCUGAGCUGCAACGUCGCUGCCCUCCGGCACUGACUUUGGCCCGCUGCGGCGGGCACGAAGGGCCCCUCGUGUGCCCCGAGAGGGGCUGCGCGUGCUGCGGGCUCCUUUUCCUACCUCGCCCAGACAGGGUGGCGUGGUCCCCGCGGGGCGUCCCUGCGCGGCUGGAGGCGGCCCGGAGCGAGGGACCGGGGCGCGCUCGCUCGGCCCGCCGCCCGAAGGAGGGGUGGCUGCAGAGCUGGGUGGCACCGUGGACGCUGCGUUUACCUCACCGCUUCCUCGCUCGCGCGUGCCCGAGCUCUUUGUAUCAGAGCUGCCAAUAAACUGUUCCUGCCAGG